AUGUUCAGAGAGGUAAAGGCAGGUGGAGUCAUUUCCAAGGAGACAGAGAUGGAAGAGCUGGGGUCAGGGUCAGGCAGAGAUGGAGAAACUCUUCCAGUAAAGAGUGAGGUCCUCAAGACAGACCUCAGCACUGUUUGCGAGGACAUCCCCACAGAAACAUCCAGUCUGCCGGGUGAUAUUCAGUCCAAGCCCUCAGACAGCAACAAAACUUGUGAGGGAGAGGACACAAUACACAGAGAUCCGGAUCCCUCUACAAAGCCCUCGCUCUCCUACGUCGCCCUGAUCGCCAAAGUCAUCCUCUCCUCCUCCUCUUUGAAGCUCAACCUAGCCUCUAUCUACAGGGCCAUGGAGGAGUGGUUCCCCUACUUCAGGGCCCGGGGGUCGGGAGGUCAGGGCCAGGGCUGGAGGAACAGCGUGAGGCACAACCUGUCCUUGAACGAGUGCUUUGUGAAGGUAAAGUAUACUGAACAAAAAUAUAAACGCAACAUGCAACAAUUUCAGUUCAUAUAAGGAAAUGCGUCAAUUGAAAUAAAUUCAUUAGGCCUUAAUCUAUGGAUUUCAUGACUGGGCAGGGGCGCAGCAAUGGGUGGGCCUAGGAGGGUAUAGGCCAACCCACUUGGGUGCUAGGCCCACCCACUGGGAGCCAGGCUCAGCCAAUCAGAAUGAGUUUUUCCCCACAAAAGGGCAUUAUUACAGACAGAAAUACUCCUCAGUUUCAUCAGCUGUCUGGGUGGCUGGUCUCAGACGAUCCCGCAGGUGAAGAAGCCGGAUGUCGAGAUCCUGGGCUGGCCUGGUUACACGUGGUCUGUGGUUGUGAGGUCGGUUGGACAUACUGCCAAAUUCUCUAAAAUUAUGUUGGAGGCAGCUUAUGGUAGAGAAAUUAACAUUCAAUUCUCUGGCAACAGCUCUGGUGGAUGUUCCCUCAAAACUUGAGACAUCUGUGGCAUUGUGUUGUGUGACAAAACUGCACAUUUUAGAGUGGCCUUUUAUUGUUACCAGCACAAGAUGCACCUGUGUAAUGAUCAUGCUGUUUAAUCAGCUUCUUGAUAUGCCAAACCUGUCAGGUGGAUGGAUUAUUUUGGCAAAGAAGAAAUGCUCACUAACAGGGAUGUAAACAAAUUUCUGCACAAAAUUUGACAUAAAUAAGCUUUUUGUGCAUAUGGAACAUUUCUGGGAUCUUUUAUUUCAGCUCAUGAAACAUGGGACCAACACUUUACAUGUUGCGUUUGUAUUUGUGUUCAGUAUAAAAGGACCACAAUGGAAAUAAGUAAUUGUGUUGUCCUUGAUAGUUUUUUUUAAAAAGUAGGUAUUGGCUGUAUAGCCUAUGUAUUUUUUUAAAUUACAGUCAAAAAAAUUCAAUCAAACUAUAAAUCAAGGUGGGCCGCUGCGAGGACGGGAAGGGCCACCAUUGGGGCAUCCACCCAGCCCACCUGGGAAACUUCCUGCUGGGGGACUUCAGGCAGCACAGGAAGGCCAGGAGGAGCAGGCACCAGAGGGCGCUGGAGGCCGGGUACAGUAUGGCUGGCUCUCUGGGCUGGUGCUGGACAGAGCUAGGCUGCAGCCAUUGGGAGAGGCACUGUGGGAGUAGAAGUGGGCUGCAUGGAUCCUUGGGCUGGAUGAAGUUACAGUACCCUCCAC